AUGAUCGGCAAAAUGUCUGUCGCAUCGUCUAGCUGAUGUUAUAUAAUCAUUGUGAGAAUUCUAAAUUCUGUGAAACGCAUCAAUUCUUCUAUCUGAGCCAGUUUAACGCCACACAAAAAAGAGCGAUACAAUUUACAGCCAUGGUCGCGCAAAUAAUUCUGCUCGUCAUUUGCUGCAUUUGCCUGAAACACUUUGCCAAGGGUGAAUUUCAACAAAGUCUGGCUAUAACCGAUAUUUUACCUGAGGACAUCAAACGCUAUGACAAAAUGCGUCCACCCAAGAAGGAGGGUCAGCCUACGAUUGUCUAUUUUCAUGUCACAGUCAUGGGUCUCGAUUCCAUUGAUGAGAACUCCAUGACCUAUGUGGCGGAUGUGUUCUUUGCACAGACGUGGAAGGAUCAUCGUCUGCGUCUGCCCGAGAACAUGACGCAGGAGUAUCGACUGCUCGAGGUGGAUUGGCUCAAAAAUAUGUGGAGACCGGAUUCCUUCUUUAAGAACGCGAAAUCGGUUACAUUUCAAACCAUGACAAUACCCAACCACUAUAUGUGGCUCUACAAGGACAAGACCAUACUCUAUAUGGUGAAGCUAACGCUAAAGCUAUCCUGCAUUAUGAACUUUGCCAUCUAUCCACAUGAUACACAGGAGUGCAAGCUGCAAAUGGAGAGCUUAUCGCAUACCACAGAUGAUUUAAUCUUUCAAUGGGAUCCCACCACGCCGUUGGUGGUGGAUGAGAACAUUGAGUUGCCGCAGGUGGCGCUGAUACGCAAUGAGACCGCGGAUUGUACACAGGUCUAUUCGACUGGGAACUUCACCUGCUUGGAGGUGGUUUUUACGCUAAAACGACGCCUGGUCUACUAUGUAUUCAAUACCUAUAUACCCACAUGCAUGAUUGUGAUCAUGUCGUGGGUCUCCUUCUGGAUCAAACCGGAGGCGGCGCCGGCGCGUGUCACACUAGGAGUCACAUCGUUGCUCACGCUCUCCACGCAGCACGCAAAAUCGCAGUCGUCGUUGCCACCCGUCUCCUAUUUGAAAGCUGUGGAUGCAUUCAUGUCGGUCUGCACGGUGUUUGUGUUUAUGGCACUCAUGGAGUAUUGCCUGAUAAAUAUUGUGCUCAGCGACACGCCCAUACCCAAACCUAUGGCAUAUCCACCUAAGCCUGUGGCCGGUGAGGGGGGUAAAAAGGAAGGGGAGGCGGCUCCAGCCGGUGGUAGUAAUACUACAAACAAUAAGCAGCCCACAAUGUUGCCCCUUGCGGAUGAGAAAAUUGAAAAAAUUGAAAAGAUUUUCGAUGAGAUGACCAAAAAUAAGCGCAUUGUGUCCACCACACGCCGCGUGGUGCGGCCCCCGCUAGACGCCGACGGUCCCUGGAUACCGCGUCACGAGUCGCAUAUUAUGCUGACCCCAACAAUACGGCCACCGCCACCGCCGCCACCGGCACCGGAACCGGAAAUGCCCAAGCCGAAGCUAACGCCCGCCCAGGAGCGUCUCAAGCGCGCCAUCUAUAUCGAUCGCUCAUCGCGUGUGCUCUUUCCCGCGCUCUUUGCCAGCCUCAAUUGCAUCUAUUGGAUUGUGUUUUACGAGUAUCUGUAAUAUGUGCGCUGUCUCUGUUGUAAAUAUGGCACAUUCCCGAUAGCCCUCACAUAAUCUAUCUGCCUCUUCCUCCCUCUCUGUCUCUCUCUCUCUCUCUAUCUAAAAGUCGUACAAGUGAAUUUUAUGUUAAUUUUUCACAAGGAAUAAAUAUUUAAAAAUGUAAUCAUAAGCACAAGCUUUGAGUCAACGAAUUUUUAACUGAAAGAGCAAAACAUAAAUUGUAGAAUUUUGCUGCUUAUACUCUCUAUCUAUACUUAUAAAUAUAACUUAUGCGUAAAGUAUACAUAUAAUACAUAUACAAAAAUGAUAAAGUAUGUGAAUUCAAUUCCUAAAUGCGUAAGGUUAAAUAUUUCAAUGCCGUUGUAGUUGUACCUUAAUUCUUAAUGCUAAUUUA